CUGUUGGCGAGCCUUCGUACCCCCUCCAACAUGACUACUGCAUCCUAAUACCUGCGGAAGGAUACGAGCCCUCUCUGAGCUAGGCUUGCUGAGAAAUCAUUUCUUUGCUGGUCAGACCAAGCCGGAUAUCUCGACAUGCGUGUCCUGCCUCCCACGAGUUUGGAUGCACAGCCGGUCACAGGAUCGUUCACUGCUAGGAUUCCAUCGUACAGGUACACUAUCAUGCAGAUUCUUCUCGUGCCAAGGUACCUUCCACAUCCUGGGACGGUGCAGCAGUGCAUGUCUCGACGAGCAGAAGGCACACGUCGUCAAGCCUGGGAGCAUCGAUCCGCCUCACUUCACAUUCUCUCGGACGUCCGCGCAAUGUGCCAUGGAGUUGCGUCUACUUUGUGUCUAUUGGCACCUCUUGAGAGCACCAACAGCAUUGAUGGUCCACGUACACUCGCUCUCAAUCAUCUUCCAAGCGCGAGCUCGAGGCUCACUGUGGUCAUCAGGUAUGUGUCCGUCCAGCGUAGACCCUCGACAAGGCUCUUUAUAUGACAGCGGAUACGCGAUAUAUCAUUUCUUUGUGUUAUGGUCGCGGCUUGUCCACGUUGUGUACUUACUGGUGGAAUAGCCCUGGCUUGUCUGCAUAUAUAUCGACCUUCAUUGCUUAUGGAAUGUAUUACCGCAGAAGAAAAACGAGCAUGCGCGUAUAACGUAUAUAUUGCCUUGCCUGAAAGCAUGA